UUGGUCAGUGACAGCCCUGCAGUGUGGGGUGAGAGAGAGAAAACUGUUUCUACAGAGGAGUGUCAUGGCUGGCCAGUUUCUCCUCAUACUGCUUUCCACUUCCCUAGCAGGUCUCCUGCAAGCUGAAGGAAAUGUGUUUUUACAGGAAGAAAAUGCAAACAAGUUUUUGGGAAGAACAAAGCGUGCUAAUUCCUUUUUGGAGGAGCUGAAGCAAGGGAAUAUUGAAAGAGAAUGUUAUGAGGAACGCUGCUCAAAAGAAGAAGCCAGAGAAGCCUUCGAAGACACACAGAAAACAGACGAGUUCUGGAAUAAAUAUAUAGACGGGGACCAGUGCAAACCCAAUCCUUGUCAGUAUGGUGGAACGUGUAAAGAUGGAAUUGGCACAUACACUUGUACAUGCUUGGAUGGAUAUCAGGGCAAAAACUGUGAAUCUGUUAUACCAAAAUACUGCAAGCUGAACAAUGGCGAUUGUGACCACUUCUGCAGACCCAUAAGAAACGGUGUUGAAUGCUUCUGUGCCACUGGAUAUAUUCUGGGAACGGAUGAAAAAUCUUGUACUUCGACAGGCACAGAGCCUUUCCCAUGUGGGAAAAUUUACGUGAAAAGAAAAAAGAGGUCAGUGAGUUCAUUUGCUAACAGUAGCAGCGUUACCAGUGAACAAGAUGGCAAACUCAAUGAACUGCAUAACAACAAUGGGACAAACCACAAGAACAUCACCAGUAUCACAGACAGCCCAGACCUUCAUCUUCAGAAUGAAACAAAAGCUCCCGAUAGAAAAGAGACUGAUCCUAAGACUAAUGUGUCUCCAAAUCCUCAUACGAGGAUAGUAGGUGGUGAUGACUGCUUGCCUGGUGAAUGUCCAUGGCAGGCUCUUCUAAUAAAUGAAAACAAGGAAGGGUUUUGUGGAGGAACAAUUUUGAGCCAGUUUUAUAUACUUACUGCAGCUCACUGCAUAAACCAAUCUAAAAUCAUUAAAGUUGUUGUUGGGGAAGUGGACAGAGAUAAAGAAGAAAACACUGAAAUGAUGUACUCUGUGGAAAAAAUAUUUGUACAUGGUAGAUUUGUUUCAGCAACUUAUGAUUAUGACAUAGCCCUUAUAAAAUUAAAGGAACCUAUAAAGUUUUCUAUAUAUGUUAUCCCGGCAUGCCUUCCUGAUGCAGACUUUGCUAACGAAAUUCUGAUGAAUCAAAAAUCUGGAACUGUUAGUGGUUUUGGACGUCUUUAUGAACAUGGACGGGUAUCCAACAAACUUAAAGUGCUUCAAGUCCCCUAUAUUGAUAGAAAUUCAUGCAAGCAAAUCACUAACUUUGCGAUCACAGAAAACAUGUUCUGUGCUGGCUAUGACAAUAUAACAAAAGAUGCAUGUCAGGGAGACAGUGGGGGUCCACAUGUAACUAAGUACAAGGACACUUAUUUUGUUACUGGUAUAGUCAGCUGGGGAGAAGGAUGUGCAAGGAAAGGCAAAUAUGGAGUGUAUACAAAAGUGUCAAAGUUCCACGCCUGGCUAAAAGAAUAUUUAGACUUUUAAUUAUAUGAAAUUAAUUUAGCAUUCUGUUUGAUACACUCAGCAGAUUCAUAAAUAAGAGUUCAGUCUCUUUUAGCACUUCUGCUGAAAUUCUUUCCUGACAGCUUACUAUUUCCUUUGGGAGUUACAGUACUCUUUCUUCAUGAGUUAACACAUGGUUUUAGCAUGCGUGCUUCCACUUAAAACAAUGCUCUGUUUGAUCUAAGGACUUUCAUGAAACAAGAUUGUUUUUUAGAUUCCACUUUGGGUUCCUGAUAUACAGUUUUCCAAAUUGGUCUGUAGGAAACUUAGGAUU